GCGAGCUUCCUCUACGAACAAAGGAGGAGGAGAAAGGAACGAGGACGGGCGCGGCGCAUACACAGAGAGGAGAAGAGAGAGAGAGAGAAAGGGAGGCAUGUCGGGCACGAGCUACAGAGGCGUCUCAGCGGCGCAGGAUGGGCGGUACAGGAACAAGGAGCAGACGCUGCUCAAGAAGCUCAAGGACCAGGGCCAGUUCCCGGCGCAUUUCGAUCAGAAGGUGGACAUGGCCAAGGUCAAGCUCGAGGUCAUGAGGCCCUGGAUCGCAGAGAAGGUCAGCGAGCUGCUCGGAUUCGAGGACGAUGUCGUCGUCGAAUACGUCAAUGGCAUGCUCGAGGACAAGGACAACCGGACUCCCGAUCCCCGCAAGCUGCAGCUCUCGCUCACAGGAUUCCUUGAAACCAAGACGCCAGUAUUCAUGUCGGAGCUCUGGACGCUGCUUCUCUCUGCCCAAAAGUCCGUCGGCGGCAUUCCUCAAGAAUUUGUCGAGCGCAAGAAGCAAGAGCUGCGAGAGGCGCGGGAGAAGGAUGCCGGCGCGAUCCGUGACAGCGGCGUCAUCCACUACCAGGGGCGGGCAGGCGCGGAACUGGGUUCAAGGGCGGGGGAAAGGGGAAGAGGACGAGGGAGGGGAAGAGGCGGGAGCCGGUGGGAUGGGGGCAGGAGCCAGGAGUUCAGGGACAGGCAGGGCAACGUCACGCAACGUGUUCAAGACUCAGGUUGGGGCGCGAAGGGCCCACGAGGUCAAGACGAUGACAGAGAUCGGAAUCGACGCAGCCCCCCACCAUACAGACAGGCAGACUACCCGAGGAGAAGGAGCCCCUCGCCCCGUUACGAUCGCCACAGAGAGGACAGGUACGAUGGCUACUCCCGAGAUGCCCCCAGAGGAAACGAUGGCUCUCGCUCGGCGAGGCCAAGGUACGACGACGAGGGCCCGAUGCGCUACUACGACCGACGCCCCGAGGAGGACAAGUACGAGGACAGGGGAAAGCGUCGUUCACCCUCUCCGGAUCCGAGAAGAUACAGGUCGCCCACGUAUUCUCCAGAUGCGCUGCCUAGGAGGCCGAAGGGGAGAUCGGCGAGCUUCGAUUCACGCUCUCCGUCGCCUCGCCCGGUCUACUCUCGGAGAAGGAGAUCGCCUAGCGAGGAUUCGAGGUCACCCUCGCCCUCGCGCGCUCCCAGACGAAAGCGAGAUAGAUCAGAGAGCUAUGCUCCGCUCUCUCCAUCACCGCCGCGCCGCUCGUUGAAGAGACGAGACAGCUACAGCGACUCUGAGGAAGAGUACAGGAGGAGGACGAGGGCAAAGAGGAGGGAAAGCUCAGAGGUGAAGGGCGACCAAACGCCUGACUACCGCCAGCGGUCAAAGGCAAAGGCAGCUGCGAGGUCGCCCAGCGACAGCCCGCGCGGUCGCAGUGGAAGCAAGACGCCAGUCAUGAAGAGGAGAGGCUCGUCGUCAGAUUCGCCAGAGCGAUCCAGGGACGAAGCAGAGGCGAGGGCCCGAGCGCUGGCUUCGCGCAAGAAGCAGCCGCAAAGCGCGCCAGGCGAUCGACUCGAUAAGAAGGACGAGGCGCCUUCAGGUCGGAGUGGGGACAAGAGCAACGUGCUUGCCAAGAGCAAGUGGGCCACUUCGGACGACGAGGACUAGUUGAUACUCUCUAUUUACAAUUCGAUGAGGUCACACUGAUAGAUGGUGUGAUGGAGAAGGAUAUACAAGCAUCAAACAGCGGUGUGAGGCUAGCGAGGAGUUAUGUAUGCACAGCAAAUGAGCAAGGAUCUGGACAGCGAGACGGGAGCAUGAGAGCAAG